UACGCCGGUUAGUAAUAAAAAACCACAAAAAGAUUUUGCAAAGCCAACAUCUAUUUCGUUUGAUCUUAAUGACGAUGAUUCGAUGCGUCUAUUAUUUAAAUAUUCGGAUGGAUGCAAGCAUGAAAUCAUCUUAGAACCUCAUACAGAU